CGCUGUUAAUUUGUUGGGGGGCGUGAAAAUAUCAAUGUCAGAGUUAAAACCUUGUAAAGUGUGUAACAGCAGCCGGGAGGCCACGUUCGGGCUGGCGGUGCCGUCCUUGGCGCAGCUUAGGGCCAGAGGAUGUGAGACUUUGGGGUUCCGAGCCGACGCCCCCGUUUCUGUAGUCCUGGAAGAGGAUGGGACCAUCGUGGAGGAUGAAGCCUACUUCCUGUGCUUGCCUGCCAACACCAAGUUCAUGCUUUUGCAUGAUAAGGACAGAUGGUCGCCCAAAACUAAAGUUGAUGGCGGCACCGCCUGGCUGAAGCAGGAGUCGGUAGAGCUGGCCUCGGACUCCGUGGACAGCAAGGUGCCCGGUGCUGAGCCCUGGUAUGAGCUGGCAGUGAGACUGAGCCACGACCUGACCGGUGUCAUACUCAUGUCUGAAGAGGAGCUCCAGACCCUGGUGGACGUGCCAUCUUCUGACUUGGCAACAGCUCUGGGUUUCCAGGUCGACAAAGUACGCACGCUCCAGGAAGCCCUGCAGGGGGCGCUAGACCGCAGAGAAGAGCAGCGGCAAGCCAAAGAGCUGCUCCAACUGUACCUGAAGUCUGUGGAACAAGAGGGCAGCCAAGCACCCAGCCGGGGAGCAGAUGUGACCGAUUCCGUGGAGCGGCCUGCGGAUGGCACGGCGACGUUCAGCGCCAGGACCCUGAUGGUCCUGAAGGGCAAGACCAGUCCUGAGACACGGCUCUCCAACAAGGAGCUGCAGAUGGUGGUGAAUGUGGGUGUGGCCUCUGUGGCAUCAGCGCUCGGCUGGAGCAGUGAAAGGAGCGCCGCCCUGGUGGCGACUUGUGAGGAAGAGCUGAAGAGCCGCUUGGAUCUAGUGCAGGCCGCACAGUCUCUAAGCAACCGAUCCCAGGACCCCCAGGGGGGCGGGGUCCAGGCAAAGCGCAGGAAGUAGACUUCCAGUGGAAGCUGGGGGUGGCCACAUGUCUUACAAACGCACAGAUAUCAGUUAUUUGUUCAGAUGGGUGUUUUUUGCACAAGAAACUGGAGUUAUGCAGCUGCAUACCGAGACCACUUUGGUUCGGGCUGCUUGUUUCCCCGAUUCUGCGUAGGACUGAGAAAAACAAGCUGCUCUAAAUUUGUAAGCAAUUUGUCUAAGCAAAUAAAUAAAUCGACUUUAAUAUUGAAAGCUUUUUGAAACUUCCUGUUUGUAUUCACUGGAACAUUGUAAAACAAUUUGAUUUAUUCAAUUCCCAGUUAACUGCUUCAAAGCAGCUCAGAAUAGUUAUUUUAUAGCAUUUUGCCUAUUUUUCUCCUUCCAGUGACCAAGGCACAGAUAGUAUCGGAUGCAUUCAAUCAUGGUGCAUUGCUUCCCGUUUUAUGACAGUUAGAAGAAAGACAUAACACUAUGGACAGCAGAAAUAGGGAGAGUAUUUAAAAAAAAUAAGCAAAGUACAAAAUUUAUCAUGUUUGUCAAUCUGAAGACAUUGACAGCAUUGGGAUUUUGAGUUUAUAAUGCACACUGUUCCAUUUAUCUAUUGAGCUGGGAAUUACACUAACAUUGAUCAGUACCUUGCAGCACUGAAGGGCUUUCUCUCUGUUCUGCCUCCUCUUGCCAUUUGUUCAGGUUAGUCAAUAAUGGUGACCUUUGCUGUUACUAAUACAUGCAGGGUCCUGAUUCAUGUGCUUAACUUCUGCCACUGUUCUGUCCCACCCGCUAAUUCGUACACAAGCACAGAUAAUUUAUAUUUUAUGUGCGAUACCCGUCGUACUGCAUUCUGGCUGUAUGAUGUUUAAAGGUUUUUGUUUCCCGUUGCCCUCUUGCAGCUCAAUGGCUGUAAUUGUGACUGCCUUGUUCAUCGAUUCAGGACUGGUGAUUAAUCAAAUAAAGUCACAAUAUUUCCAACA